AUGAGUGGCAUCAAUCAGGAUGUCGCCACGAAUGCGCCUUCGCAAGACAAUGAACAGGUCACGGGCGACGUGAAGAUCCACUACAUCACAUAUGGCUCGGAGAAAGAGUCAUCAUGGCUGCCGGCAAUAAGACAGCUAAUCUCGAAAGACUUGUCCGAGCCAUACAGCAUAUAUGUAUACAGAUAUUUCCUAUAUCAAUGGGGCGAUCUGUGCUUCAUGGCUCUUGACGAUCAGGACAACCUAGUGGGUGUGAUUGUAUGCAAGCUGGAACCACAUCGAGGAGGACCUAUGCGAGGAUAUAUCGCCAUGCUCGCCACUAGAUCUGGGUAUCGUGGCCGCGGUAUAGCCACGGAGCUAGUACGGAUGGCGGUCGACAAGAUGAUCGCGAAAGAUGCAGACGAGAUUGCUCUGGAGACUGAAGUCGACAACAUUCCAAGUCUCCGGAUCUACGAGAAUCUAGGCUUCCUACGGACAAAGCGACUGCACCGCUACUACUUGAACGGGAACACUGCAUUCAGAUUGAUCUUGUACCUCAAACCCGGCAUACCAUACAAGGUCACAUAUCCUCCAGAGUAUCCUUACCCAGAAGGCGAUGGCAGUACCCCUCAUCAGCAAGGGCCUUUGGACGAAGAUCUGAUCCAGCGACAGGCGGCACAGUUGGAUAUUCAGGAUAUCCAUGAUCAGAGAUUUAAUCUUAUUGCGCGUUCCGACGACUUCACCUAA